AUGUUCAUCCCGUCCAUUCAAGUUUGGACCGUAACCAGUGUGUAUAUAGAGUGUAUAUCUCAUUGGCCCGCGGAGGUGUCAUGUGUCAGAGCGUCCCCAGCAGUCCGUGGCGAAGGGCUAAUGUUUGUAUUUACUCCUCCAAGCUGUAAUAGUCGUAAUAAAAGUUCAUUGAGUGCGGAUCCGUCUCGCCCGCCGUCCGCGGUGUACGUCGAGUGCACCGAUCAUAAACACAAGAUAACAACUGAUAACAGCUCGUCCCUCACUCCGCUUUUAGAUGAUACAAUACUCAUCGGAGUCUUGAACCACAGCUCCUUACACGAACAACCCUCACACCUGAGUCUCUCGUAUUGUUUCCAAGUGGUUCAUCAUCACCGUAUCUCUGGUGGUCACAGUCACCUCUCCUCGUUGUCUCUAGCCCUGUCUCGUCUCGGCUCCCGGUCCCGGGUGCUGCAGGGCCAGCCUGACCCCGAUCGUAAAUCUCCGCCCACCGCCCCGUCGCGGCUUAUUUAUGGAAAAGCGUGUUUCCCGGCCCCGCCCCGGCACAAUGGCGGCCCCUUCCCCGGCCCCGGCCCGGCCCCGGCCCAGGCCCGCAGCCGGCCCGAGCCCGCGCCAGUAGCCUCCCGCGCCUCGCCCCUGACGCACGCGCGUGCCUCCAGUGUGUCCACGUGCAGUGUUCGUGUUCUCGUCUUACAUUCAAACAAACAAACAUCCACCAACACAACCGACACAGUGUCUGUUACGUGUCACCUGUCACAACCAGGAUCUGACCCUGCUCCUGGCUCCACGGAUUCAUAUCAUGACGGGGCUGUCACCACUCUCCGCCCAUCAUUAGAGAGUAACCCGCGAGGCUCCCCGGGGCCCACAUACCUGCCCGGCGGGACACCGACACUCGACACGGAUCUUCAUCUCACACUAACAGAUUACGGCGAUUAA